AUGCGGAAGAAUGUACCUGGUAUUGAUGAAAUACCUUGGACAGAACAUAUCUGCCCCAUUACAAUUGCGCCACGAGAGCGAGCAGCCUACCUCGAGUUGUUCAUGCAGUUAAUGUCUCAGAAUCUAAAGCUGCGUAGAAACGGAAGAGGCCUAUACGACUCUUCUGCAAUGUCUCGAAAUGAUGUUAUACUGGGAAAUAGCAGCGGACCCGAAGAAGCGCUGAUAAAAUGCUCUUCCCAUUUUGUACCCCUCGAAAGGGUAAUGGGCAAACGAUUGAUUGAUAAAACAAGGGGUAUCAAAAUGGACGAUUCUGCAAGGCCGCCCAACGCAUGCAGCAAUGUGGAAAGUGGUGAUGGAAAGGAUUUAAAGUCACCUGUAACAGAUCUCACCUCACUCUGCUCGAGUGAGGAAAACGCAAGAGAUCGACAGCUCUAUGAUCUUACAAUAGAUAUAAUUGAUAAACUCAGACAUGCUUUUUGGUUGCGAUCCAAAAUUGAAAAUACAACACAUUUCGAUACACUGAUAAAACAUUUGGAGAGGAAUGGGGCUGGUGACCUAGGGGUUACCUCAUGUUUUCGCAAAGCAAUUUCCGCUGCGCGCACAGCACAAACAUCUGAAGAUGGACAAUGCUACUAUUUAACAGCUCAAGAGAAAAAACAAAACCCAGCAGACAUUCGCCUUGAAUUUCCCAAAACGCCAUCAGAAUUUAUUAGUGACCUUAACACUUGCACUGACAGCUUGCGGAGACUUCUUGAAGAAGCCCUGGUUCGUGUAAGAGCUGCUAGGCUUUUCGUUGUCGUCCGGGCACUCCAGGGCCGGCAGCCAGAAGAUGUGUUUGCUUGCUCCUCAUGUUUCCGGCGGCUCACCAACCUAACUUCACUUACCAUCCUUGGUGAAUGCGGGCAUGCUUUUUGCGAAGCCUGCAUCGAGAUUGCCAGAGUUGAGGAAACGUGUCGUCUUCCUGCAUGUAGUGGUGGCGCAGAAGCUUUUCGGAUGAUCAAUUACUCUGACAUUGCCUUCAUCAACAACAGACUCACCGACAACAAUGCCAAUGGCGAAAAGUGGCAAGAGUACGGUGGGACAAAACUUCUAGAGUUGACAAGGCUAGUACAAGAUACCGAGAGGAUCGCAGAAGACGAACAGGUGCUACUUUUCAUACAAUUUCCAGAUCUCAUGGAAGCCGCUUCUGCUGCGCUGCAGAAAGCGAACAUUCCUCAUCUCAUGAUCUCCGUCAACGAUCGAACGUCCUCGUCUAAGAUAGCAGAAUUCCAGACUAGGGCUGAAAAGGUUGGGAGCAAGGUUCUCAUCUUGCACCUAGGAGAUGUGUCAGCGUCUGGAUUAAACCUUCAAAACGCAAACCACGUUAUCUUUUUCCACCCCCUAUUCACGAAAUCACAGUACGAUUACAAUUCGGGAAUGGCACAGGCAACUGGUCGGUCUCGACGCUACGGUCAACAGAAGCAUGUGCAUAUAUACCACUUCCUUGCGCUAAAAACGAUUGAGGUAAAUAUUUUUGAGCAGCGUCGACGGGAGCGGUUGGUGAAAAGAGAUGGCGGAUUUCUCUCUUUGUCAAGUGAUGAUGUUUUGUUGCCCACGGACGAGGUUGAAUGGAAGGGGAGUUCGUUGGAUGGUAGUAAUGCUUCUGAAGUCUGA